AUGGUAAAGAAUGACAACAUUUCGUAUCGCAACAGUGAAUAUCCACAGUUUCGCCCUCCAAACGGUUACACAAAAAAUAUUAGUAGUUUAGUUUCAGUUCUUAAACCACUUCAAUUAGAUCUUCUUGCAGUUGAAGAAAUCAACAACGAUGAUUAUUGGAAAAAGCUCUGUGAGCAGCUUGAUUUAAAUAAUUUUAUCACAGGAAAAUGCGAUGAAUGGUUUCUUUCCAAUGGAAUUGCCUCACGUUAUCCAAUUCUUUCUUAUUCAAAUCAUGUAUAUAAGGCAUCAGGUGAAGCUCGAGCAUUUCUUCAAUGUCAACUUGCUGGUGAUCAUUCAUUUGUUCAAAAUCGUUCAUUUGCGGUCACACACUUAGAUCAUGUAAAUGAAGAUAACCGAUUAGCACAAAUAAAUUACUUUCAACCCAAUAUCGAUAUUCUUAUGGGUGAUAUGAAUGCUCUGACCGAGGACGAUUAUACAGAAAGCUAUUAUCGAAGAAUCGUCGCUGGAAAACGUGAAGAAUCGCAAUGGGAAAAGCCGAGAUUCGAUUUGACUGAUCUAAUUACGAGACAAUGGGGUUAUCAAGAUGCAUUUCGACUUGCUAAUUCUGAGCUAAAAGAUGAAAGUGUAGCAACUUGUGCAUACGGAACACGUAUUGACUACAUUUAUCUGCGUCCACGUGAGAAUGAUCCGUGGAAAUUAACGAAAUGUUCAAUUGUUGAUAGCGGAGAAGCAACAGAUCAUAACAUUGUCUUUGCAGAGUUUACACGAGAGCAAUCGUAG